CGGGAGCUGGCGAUCGGCAAUUAGGACUGCCGACGCUUGUUGAUCGGGGGCCUCCAGUGCCGUGGGUGCGCAUUCUCAGCGUGGCGAUGUUCAGUACAGAAUCCUAUCAAAACAGUUAGCAACCAUCCCAAGUUCCUGAAAUAGUGACGGACUCAAACCGACACAUACACUUGGCGAACCUCCAUUGUCCUCAGUCAAUCAUAAUGCCAUUUAGCUGAACAGGUCCCAGAAUCUUGGUAGGAUUAGCAACAGGCCACUAUCUGGAAUGCUUGGAUCUCAUCUCACCUUGGACUUUUGUUGGGAAUGUACACCCUGUGAUCCGAGACACAUCAGCUAUUGAUCGGUUCCAGCAGUUAUAUCUCGCCAGAAUCCCGCUGGUCCUUCCUGCACUGAACAAUUGCCAUCGAGCAAACUAAUAAUAUGCAAGAGGCGACAGGUGUGAUGUGUUGGGCUCGGCAUGCACCAAAGGCAGAUUCAAUAACGGGAAUAAGACCUCCAAGAAACUCCAGCUUGAAGUUGGUGGUGAUUUGGUGAGGGUGGUUGGGCAGGUAUGAGGUGAGUCUUUGAGAUCACGGAGCAGUUGGUCGAGAAGCACACUUAACCGUCUGGACGGCCAUCCUCGAGCGAGGAUAAGGCAGAGGAGUUAUGAGAUCCUGGGUCAGCACCCACGGGAGCCUCCAGGCACCCCACGCAUCCAGAUUUCCCAAAGUCGAAACGGUAUGGCUGGCCGAGAAUCACGAGUUCGGCACAUGACUUUUGGCUCUUCAGGGUCUAUUCUGCCUUGCCGUCAGCACUGGUGCCUCAACAUACACCUUCAUACCUAGCAUAAGGUACGAUCAAAGUGGAGAUGUCAUCCAACCCAGCCAAGUCCCCUCUUUGAAUCCAAAGACGGAGGUUACCAGUGAGCUGGCUGUUGCCACCAAUAUGGGACGAUAAAUCAAACCCUAUGCCAUGGUUCCUGCUAGGGACCUUGAUCGGCCCAUAUAGCCAUCCAAUCAAGGGACGUGGACAAAAGAACCGAUAUCUGAAUAUGGUCACGUUGCGGGAUACACCGAGCAUGAUCUACAAUUCGAUAUCCAUUUGGGCUCCGACCCAUCGGCACGGGUGCCCAUCUUUCACCCUGCGCUUGUCGUUCACGGCUUCCCAAUUCGGGAAUCUACGUCGCUUCAAGAUCCCACGGGAUAACAGAGCAGCGUGUAGAGAAGCUGGAGUGUAGUUUUCACGGGCUACCGAAGAUGACCCAAACACCUCCCAGGGGCGCAUAUACGUCACUCAUGAGAUGCAAUGAGUUUACUUGGUCCCAUGGGGCAGUUGGAACAUGCUCAGAAUAUACCCCUGAGCUUCACCUUAACCCUGAGCCAACAAGCAGAUCGUCCAAAACACCAUGGAGUCAUCGUCGGACGUCAGCAUCUGGUUAAAGAGAGCCUCGCACAUGACAGCCAAUCAUCUCGUGUCGAAAUAAUGCAAGUCCUGACAUCCGAGAUCAAUUGACGUGCAUUGUGCGUGCUGGGAAUGUUCCGAUGUUGUACACCCGAUGGAUUGUUGUCAAGGACCACGACAUCUUGUGUUUCUGCAGUCCGAUGGCCGGAUGGAGAAGCCUGGAAGGAAUGCAAUGGCGAUCAUCAGUAGUCCAGGCCCUGAUAUCCGAUGCGCCCAGGGUUUGAUGGCUUGCAGUCGUUGCAGCCAAUAGACGACAGCCAACCGUCGUGGGGGAAGCAGCGGCGGCGGGACGAAAGAGCUUGACCUACGUCAUAGCAGAUCAGUGCUUAGCCUGCCAAGCCUCGAGUUUCCAAGGCAGGGCAAGUCCCACUCGGUUCACCAGAUGAGGUCACCCAGCCUGCCGAAAUGUGCGAAAUUCGGUCUGAAGAAACCAAAAUCCCAUCUUGUCCCAUCUCUACCCUCAUCCCUUUCUUCCCAUUUGCCUUCAACCCCCCCCCUUCCCCCCCUUUUUGCCUUCCCCCCCCCCAUUGCACAUCACAUCGUCAUUGUCCUACCAAUUCGACACGCUCCAACACUACCUUACCACAUUACAUACCACAGCCUACAUCUACAUUUACCCAUCAUCUCCCCGUCCUUUUAGGAUACCACUGAUCAUGUUCAUGCCCACAUCACUGCAUGUCUUCACCCCACAGGCGGAGUAGUCCCCACAGUGCGCCAAUCCAUCAUUAUUAACGCCCAACAUGGCUUCCCUCCAGCACAAUCUCCGCCUGGCUACCGAGGCCGAUCUCCCGGCCAUGACAGAAGUCCUCAACGCAGCAUCGCGCCAGGACCCCAUCUACCCCUACCGGUUCCCCGAUCGCCAUCGCUAUCCAUCCGAGUUUGCUCUGCUCUGUCGCCAGAAAUGCACCGAGUACUUAGCAUCCAGUACCGUGGUCGUCUGCGAGAUGCCGAGCGCCACCGAUGCCGGGGCCAUGCGGGUCGUUGCCUUUGCCGUCUGGGAUACGCCGGCUUCGCAACACAGGGUCCAGGCCCACACCGGGAGCUUGGAGCCGCUCCCCUCCCAACAACCAUCCUCCCUCGGCGUUCCCAUCACCAUCGGCCACAAGGACAGAAUGGACGCUUUUAAAUCCGCCUGCGUUCGAUACAAGGCGACCUUCUUCGAUGCGAAAUAUAAAAGAGGACAUGUCAUGCUCAGGAUCCUGCUUUGCCACCCCGACUACCAACGUCGGGGGGCAGGCAAGGCCUUGACAGAGUGGGGGAUUCAGGAGGCACAGAGGUUGGGAUUAUACACCACUGUGUUUGCGAGCCCCAUGGGACUUCGUUUGUACACCAAACUAGGCUUCACCGAGAUCGGACGAUUCAGAGUCGAGGUGGAAGGUGACGAGGAACAUUUAGAGAUCCCUGCGCUGGUCUUGAGCCCGUCAGCCGGGAUAUGGGAGAGUGGGAGAAAAGCGACUUGUGGGAUGGUUACGGGGGCGGGUUACAAUGGUGUUUCGUCGACUGUUUGCGCGUGAUUGCCGAGUAGUGUCUUGAUGGUGGGUGAUUCCUUUUUGUCAGAGCAAGCGAGGCAUAUUUGGCGACAUUUACACGGCGUGACACGGUUUCGAGUUGGAUCUCGUUUUGUUCUUUUGUUGAAGAUCAUCUUGGGGGUUAUAUAUUCUUAUAUGGCUGGCAGGCUGGCAAAAACAUUACGCAUUGCGUGUUGGUUGCAUGAAGAGGGGUGCGGCGGUUCGUUUGGUGAACCUCUACACUUGGUGUAUCAUGACUAUUGGGCAUUUCUUUUCAUUAUCGGAGCGGGCGGACUCGUCUUACGCAUGCAGUUGUACAAAGCAUUGCCGUCGCCAUCCUUUUCCUACCAUCCUGGAGGGAAGACUUGUUGUACUAUUAGGGGUUGUGGAGAUAUGUGUUACAGAUAUGAGAUCAUUGCUUACAUAGGUAUCUUAUGCAUGAAGAAUGGAAAUAGAUGGAGGCUCAAGUGUGGUGAGAACGAUAUGUAUUUACUCUGUGGACAGGAACUUAGAGACUGCGAUGAAAUGAUAAGGCCUUACAAAACAGCCAAUCCACGUUACGAA